CGGGAGGCUGGGAUUGCGGGUUUCCGGCACUCUGAUUGGUGCAUUCGACUGGAGAGCCUGGGUUCAAAUUUUCAACGGUAUUGAAUGAAUCCCGCGGCGGUUCUUGCGGGCGCUCGGGUGUUACCGCUGAGACAAGGUUCUUUAAAAGAAGUACUUUCUAGACUUCAAGAUUUCAGAAAAGAGGUGAAGGAGUAUAUUGCAACUUUGAUUGGACUGACAUUAAACCACAGAAGGUGACCUGUUGCGAAGUGACACAGAUACUGGGAAAAACCGGCUCUUCUGCGUUAAGGCAGGGACAAUGUCACAAAUUAAAUUCUCUUAUUCCUAUGAUGCACCCAUGGACUUCAUCAAUUUUACAUCUUUGAAUGAUGAGGAAGAAACCCAAGACGUAGAUUCUUGGUUUGAAGAGAAGGCCAAUUUGGAGAAUAAGUUUCCUGGGAAGAAUGGGACAGGAGGGCUUUUUCAGGACAAAACUCCUUUGAGGAAGGCUAAUCCUCAGCAAGCUAUCAUCACACCUUUGAGACCAGUUGACAACACUUGCUACAAGGCGGCAGAAAAAGAAAAUCUGGUGCAACAAUCCAUUCCAUCAAAUGCUUAUUCUUCUCUAGAAGUCAAGGGAACCACCUCCAGAAACACUCAAGCCCAGUCUCAGAGAAGAUCUGUUAGGCUCUCUGCUCGGAAGGAUUUGGCACAGAAUGAAAAACACCAAGUAAAAACGAAAGCCAAGAGAUGUGGUACUCCUAUAAUCAUCAAUGAAAUUCCACCGUCCAAAAAAAUGAAAGUUUCUAACAAAAAGAUGCCAGAAGAGGAAGAAGGCAGUGCUCAUCAAGAUACUUCUGAAAAGAAUGAGUGUUCCCCAGAGAAAGCCAAGGGCAGACAUACUGUGCCUUGUAUACCACCUGUAAGGCAGAAGAUUCUAAAAAGUACCGAGGAACAAGAGUUGGAGAAGAGCCUGAAAAUGCAGCAGGAGGUGAUGGAGAUGCGGAAAAAGAAUGAAGAAUUCAAAAAACUCGCUCUUGCAGGAGCAGGGCAACCUGUGAAGAAAUCAGUGAUCCAGGUUACCAAGUCAGUUGACUUCCACUUCCGCACAGAUGAGCGAAUCAAACAACAUCCUAAGAACCAGGAGGAGUAUAAGGAAGUGAACUUUACAUCUGAACUGCGAAAGCAUCCUCCAUCUCCUGCCCGAGUGUCUAAAGGAUGUACCAUUGUAAAGCCUUUCAACCUGUCCCAAGGAAAGAAAAGAACAUUUGAUGAAACAGCUUGCCCGUAUGUGCCCGUUGCACAGCAGGUCGAAGCCUUCUAUAAACGAACCCCUAACAGAUACCACUUGAGGAGCAAGAAGGAUGAUAUUAUUCUGUUACCCUCCAAAUCUGCUGUGGCCAAGAUUUCUAGAGACCCACAGACUCCUGUCCUGCAAACCAAAAAGCGCGCAAGGCCUGUGACCUGCAAAAGUGCAGCGGAACAGGAGGCCGAGGAGCUCGAGAAACUGCAACAGUACAAAUUCAAAGCACGGGAACUUGAUCCCAGAAUUCUUGAAGGUGGGCCCAUCUUGCCCAAGAAACCACCUGUGAAGCCACCCACUCAGCCUGUUGGCUUUGAUUUGGAAAUUGAAAAAAGAAUCCAGGAGCGUGAGUCAAAGAAGAAAUCAGAGGAUGAACACUUUGAAUUUCAUUCCAGACCUUGCCCGACUAAGAUCUUGGAAGAUGUUGUGGGUGUUCCUGAAAAGAAGGUGCUUCCAAUUACUGUCCCCAAGUCACCAGCCUUUGCAUUGAAGAACAGAGUCCGAAUGCCCACCAACGAUGAGGAAGAGGAGCCGGUAGUGAUAAGAGCUCAACCUGUCCCACAUUUUGGGGUGCCUUUUAAGCCCCACAUCCCAGAGGCAAAAACUGUGGAAGUAUGCCCUUUCUCUUUUGAUUCUCGAGACAAAGAACGUCAGUUACAGAAGGAGAAGAAAAUAAAAGAACUGCAGAAAGGGGAGGUGCCCAAGUUCAAGGCGCUUCCUUUGCCUCACUUUGACACUGUUAACCUGCCAGAGAAGAAGGUGAAGAACACAACCCAGAUUGAACCUUUCUGCUUGGAGACUGACAAAAGAGGUGCUGUGAAGGCACAGACCUGGAAGCACCAGCUGGAGGAAGAACUGAAACAGCAGAAAGAAGCAACUUGCUUCAAGGCUCGGCCAAACACUGUCAUCUCCCAGGAGCCCUUUGUUCCCAAGAAAGAGAAAAAAUCCAUUGCUGAGAGCCUUUCUGGUUCUCUAGUUCAGGAACCUUUUCAGCUGGCUACUGAGAAAAGAGCCAAGGAGCGGCAAGAGCUGGAGAAGAAAAUGGCUGAGGUAGAAGCCCAGAGAGUCCAGCAGCUGGAGGAAGCCAGGCAGCAGGAGGAAGAGCAGCAGAAGAAGGAGCUGGCCAGGCUACGGAAAGAACUGGUGCACAAGGCAAACCCAAUACGCAAGUACCAGGGUGUGGACGUAAAAUCAAGUGACCAGCCUCUGACUGUGCCGGUAUCUCCCAAGUUCUCCACUCGAUUCCACUGCUAAGCUCCGCUGCAAGCUGCAGACACACCUGGGAACAGGAGCGACUCUUUCCAUCAGACCAGCAGCCUUGUUUCUUUGUCACCAGGGCAUGGAGAGAACCCAUUGCUCCAGACUUUUCUUUACCAGUGCCAAGCAGAGCAUACCUGACAAGUGUGGGCCCUGAUUUUGUUGAGAAUUGUUUUCCUGUUUGACUGAGGCUAAUAAUGAGACUCAACUCAUCUAUGUCUCGAUCAGACUCCAUGUAGUUACUUCCUUUGAGCCGUCAGUUGACCUUUCAUAUGGGUUUUAACUCUGACUGGAAUGUAAGGUCUCUGUGUCAGCACAGUGUAAUUUCUAUCACCCCUUCCCUCCAUUUUUUUUUUCUAUUUUAAUCAGAAAAUAAAGAUAGUUAAAUACUGAGAUAGGAUCUAAGUCAUGGCUUCAAUGAGGAACGAUCAGGUAUCCGAUUCUUUCCUCUUCUGUGCACAACGUGAGUUUAGAGUUAAGGAGCCCUUUGCUGUGAGGGGAUGGCCUCACUGCGCAGCCAGGAGGAGCCUGCGCGGCGUGCUGGCGAGCCUCGCAGCUGCCGUCCGCGGGUGCGGGCGGAGCUGCUGCGAAGGCAUGGCCUUCCCUCCCCUGUGCCGAUGACCACGGAAUGCUAUGCAGCACACAGUUAAGUCCUCCAGUAACCUGGGCUGGAAUAAAGACGUUUGUCUUCCUCUC